GGCUUUUGGCUAAUUUCCUCCUAGCUCUUGCUCAGCUUGAACAUAGCGCUGAGCUGCUGCGCCUGCGUUUUCCCUGUGUUUUCUCGUCGCGCUUGUUUGCAAAGCAGAAGAAUUCGUCUGCCUGCUUUCACGCGGCCACACAUACUCUACAUGGACAAGCCGCUUAGCGCGCCGCGAGGCCCGGACGACGGCGGCAAAAAGCAGAAGCGGCCGCGCGAGGCGUCAUCCGGCCGGGAGGGCGCCGAUAAGCGCGGGCGUCGGGACGGCCGGCGGGACGGCGGCCGCCGCGGCGGGGGCCGCGGCGGCGGGGGUGGGGGGCGCGGCGACGGCCCGCGGCACCGCGGCGGCCGCGGCGGGCGCAUCGGCGGCACCGGGCCGCGGCGCGCGCCCGACCGCGACACGGUGCGGUUCAGCUACAAGUGGGCGGUCACGCCCGAGAAGCAGCGCGUGCCGACCGGUGCGGAAUCAACCAGUGACAGAGGCGCAGUCGCGUCGCUGCGAGCUCACGGGAUGGGACCAGUUCGACCUGACCCGAUCAAGAAACGCGGUGCCGGACGACCCGACCAUCGUCGACGGCCAAGCCUACGGCUACCACGUUUGAUUUCCGCGCAGGUGCUGACGGUGCGGGCGUUCGGCGCGGAGCUCAUGAAAAUCGGCAGCGGCGGCAGCCUCGAGAUCUCGUCGGGCGGCUUCAGGACGUGGAGGACGUUCCAGGCGCUCAACAUGGUGCUGGCGCCGGUGGGCCUCGAGCUCGAGGCGGACCCCGAGGGCCGCGGCGCGGGCUACCGCGGCGGCAAGUGGUCGCUGACGUCGAAGAACGGCUGGACGCUGCCCUUCGAGGACGACAUGAAGCUGAGCGCGUUCCCGACGCGCGACUGGAAGCGCAUCCUGCCCCAGCUCGAGAGCCUGCCGGAGGACGUCGAGUUCGUCGUGGCGAAGGACUAGCGUGCCGGGUUUUAUAUUAGGUGCCCAGAGUUGUGCGGCUUCCGUUUUGCUAAUGUCUUACAGUCACUAGCACACUCUUCUGCUACAAG